CUAGAAACUGGAAGAGGAGCUUGCACGCAAGUACUUCUCUCACAUUUUCUCUCUGAGGCCCAUGUUUUUUCUCUCUCUAAGACAAGUCCCCAGUCUCAAACUCUCAAUAAGGAAAGCACAAAAAUUUCUCAUAAGCCAAUCCAAGAAAAGAAAAAAUCAUUAAGCAACUGAAACAUGGCUCUACUUGUCUCUGCCUCUUGCAUGCCCAAAUCUUUACUAUCACCAACAUCACUAAAACAAAUCUCCCUCAAAGCCCCAGCCCCUUUGUUUACUAGUGAAAAACUGCCAACGAGAUCUCUGAACUUCUCUCCCCUUAAAGUGGCAGCACCCCCAUCACCAUCUGUUGAGAAAGAAGAGGAAGAAGAAGAUAAAGAAGGGGACUUUAGAAUUGAUGAUGAGAGUGGAGAAGAGAGUUCUGACUCUAAGUUCUCUUGGAGGGAUCACUGGUACCCGGUUUCCUUGGUUGAGGAUUUGGACCCUUGUUUGCCAACCCCAUUUCAGCUUCUGGGUCGAGACUUAGUUCUUUGGUUUGAUAAGGCCAAUCAAGAAUGGGUUGCUUUUGAUGAUAAGUGUCCCCACAGGCUCGCUCCUUUAUCUGAAGGGCGGAUUGAUGAGAAUGGGCAUUUGCAAUGUUCAUACCAUGGAUGGUCAUUUGAUGGGUGUGGAUCUUGCACAAGUAUACCGCAGGCCUUGCCUGAGGGUCCUGAAGCUCGUGCAGUUAAGUCCCCCAGAGCUUGUGCUACCAGAUUUCCUUCAAUGGUGUCCCAAGGUCUUCUCUUUGUUUGGCCAGACGAAAAUGGAUGGGAAAGAGCUAAGGCAACCAAGCCUCCAAUGUUACCGGAUGACUUUGAUAAACCUGAGUUCUCAGCAGUCACAAUUCAGCGUGAUUUGUUCUACGGCUAUGAUACACUCAUGGAGAAUGUCUCUGAUCCUUCCCACAUUGAUUUUGCUCAUCACAAGGUUACAGGAAGGAGAGAUAGAGCCAAGCCUUUAACAUUUAAGUUGGAAACUAUUGGCCCUUGGGGCUUUGCUGGAGCUAAUGAUGGAAAUCCACGUAUCAGUACUAAGUUUGUUGCACCUUGUUACUACAUGAAUAAAGUAGAGAUAGAUACAAAACUUCCUAUAGUCGGCGAUCAGAAAUGGACAAUAUGGAUUUGUUCCUUCAAUGUGCCAAUGGCACCUGGAAAGACACGUUCUAUUGUUUGUAGUGCUCGAAACUUCUUCCAAUUCACAAUGCCAGGGCCUGCCUGGUGGCAGGUGGUUCCAAGGUGGCACGAGCACUGGACCUCAAAUAAGGUAUAUGAUGGAGACAUGAUUGUUCUUCAGGGUCAGGAGAAGAUCUUUCUUUCCAAAUCAAAGGAAGGUUCCACUGAUGUGAAUCAAGAUUACACAAAGCUCACAUUCACACCCACUCAAGCAGAUCGCUUUGUAUUAGCAUUUCGAAAUUGGCUGAGGCGGCAUGGCAACAGCCAACCUGAGUGGUUUGGCUUCAGUAAUCAACAGCCUUUGCCUUCAACAGUCCUGUCCAAACGCCAGAUGUUGGAUAGAUUUGAGCAGCACACCCAGCAGUGCUCAUCAUGUAAAAGGGCUUAUACAGCAUUCCAGGCUUUAGAAAAAUUUCUAAUUGGAGCAACUGUUUUCUUCUCUGCAACAGCUGGGAUUCCCUCAGAUUUGCAGUUUAGAGUUUUCCUGGCUGGACUUGCAAUUUUAAGUGCUGGUUUGGCUUACAUCUUGAAUCAACUUGAGAGAAACUUUGUAUAUGUUGAUUACGUACAUGCUGAAAUUGAAUGAGAGAUAGAACACAAUUGUAGAAUUCAAUCAUUUUUGUAAAAUUUUAUAGAGAAAUUUGUACUCAA